CGAACCUGUCCUGGCUCUCACUACCCAUGAUUCCGCCCUCUGUCCAGCAUGUUCACCUCCGGAUUUCAUUAUCAGCUGCCGAUCAACCGCUCUCGGAGGUGCUGCAGAACUGGGACAAGGGCAUGAACUGGACCGAGCUCCGGGACGUCUUGCGCCAGCUUCCUAGGCUGAAGACCGUGUUCUUUAACCCCAUCGGAGAGCGGUACAGGUCGGCGGAGCGGCGAGAGGUGGAGAGCAUUGUGAGGAAGAGGAUGCCGGAGAUGAGCGCUGCGAACAUGUUGCGCUUCCCCGAGUGAGAAGAUUAAUGGGGUACCUUUUGCAUUGACAGGUGACAUGGUAUAGGUCUGUGACAGUCGAGGAUGAGACGACCUCGCGACAUAGCUGCUAAUGCGGGAGCGGCAAGUGGUGGAAGGGAGGAGCAGUAUACAGGAUAUCGCUAUACAGUCAGCUUAUAAUAGGUUAACUUUCUCGCAACUUCCUCUCAGCGCGAAGUUCCUCUUUAUAUCUUACGCGAG